AUGAGCAAUGUUGUCGAUUUGCAUACCAAUGAGGAUAUUAAUUUUAAAUCAUUGGACAAUUUUACCGAUGCCAUGUGUGCCCGGUGCUAUUGGUAUAUGGCCGGUGUUCCCGAUGCUUGGCGUAACGAUACAAUUGUUAAUUUGGAAAUGAGACCCAUUUGGUGGCCAAAUACAGUUAGAAUGUGUUUUGUUAACAUAGAGAAGCGUCAUGCAAAUUGCGAUUAUGAAUUUAAUUAUACAAAAAUUGUCAAUGACCUAGAUCAUAAUAUUGAUACAAAUAUAUUUUUGCGACAAUUUCGUUCAAAAUUUUACAUGAACUUAUUUCUCGACUGUUGUUCUGACGCUCGGAUCUGUUGCAGAAAACAAUUGGCAAUCGCCGCCCGCGAAGCCGUUACUCGACCACACCUUAAGCGAUGUCCGGCCAAAUGGGACGGUUGGAUGUGCUGGGACUCGGCUGCGCCGGACACUGUCCAGCGACAAACGUGUCCAGGAAUGUCUCACGCAGUGUUGGGCUAUACGCCCACCGAUUGUAGCAAAGAAAAGGCAGUAAAACAUUGUCUGUCAAACGGCACGUGGGCUGUCAAAUGGUUGCUCAACAAUGAAAACGACCCGAAGUCUGGUUACUAUGAAGACGAGGACACUAUUUAUAACAGAUGCAGUCGACCGGAAACCACUAAAAGACAGCAAAUAAAUCAAGUGUCAAACGGCAUAUUGUUUUUAUCGUUGAUCACCAGUUUGAUUGGUAUAAUCAUAUUUAUUGUCUACAAACAGUAUCACGUGUUGCGCGUGCAAAUUCAUUUGAACUUUUUUUGUUCAAUAAUUUUAACAUGCACAUUUACCUUAUUGUUUAAUUAUUUGAUACGCGAAAGUUUUUACGAUUUACGAUUCAAUGUCAACGAAAAUACUAAAUGGUGUCGAGCACUGACAAUACUGAUGAAGUUUUCCCGAUUGACAAACUAUUGUUGGAUGUUGAAUGAGGGCGCAUAUCUGCACCGUAUGAUUGUCGUAACGUUUGCCGACGAGCGUCGACCAGUAUUUUAUUAUCUGUUUGGUUGGGUCGCACCGUUACUUGUGAUGAUACCCUAUGUAAUAGUACACUCACUGGAAUCGUACGAUAAAGACUGUUGGACUCAGCCGAUGCUCUAUCCUGAAUUGAUCUGGGACAUUUUGCCUCUAUGUUGUAUAUUUUUAAAUGCCGUAUUAUUGUUAAAUGUGAUACGCGUACUAAUUAUGAAACUUCGGUCAUCGCCCGACCAUUUUCGGGCCGGACUGCGGGCGUCGCUCAUAUUGUUACCGGUGUUUGGCAUACAGUAUACGUUCUAUGUGGUAGAUGUCGACCCGUUCAAUACGUGCAGCACCGGUAUGUUUGUGGCCAAAUACAUUCAGACAAUCAUUGAGGCACUUCAGGGCACUAUCGUUACGACAAUAUUUUGUUUUCUUAACGGAGAAGUUCACUCACAUAUCAAGCGUACGGUACGUAAAAUAAUACCGAGGGGUAGUGUUAUGGUUACUGAACAACAAGACAUCGAAAAAUCGACUUAAAAUAAACUAUAUUUAUUUAUUUAAUCUUAUUAAACUA